AUGACGACCUUUAUUCCGAGCAUCACCAUCCCCGAGGCCGUGUUCCUCAACCCCGCGGCCUCGGUCCUCCUCCCCAUCGCGCUGGGCACCGCCGUCGGCUUCGGCACGCGCCCUUCGGAGACGCAAAAGAAGUACAUGGAGCUCAAGCAACCUGCCCUGCGGCCCCCGCCGUGGGUCUUUGGCCCCGUGUGGACAAUCCUCUACGGGGUCACGGGCUACGCCGCAUACCGCGCCGCCCACGCUGGCCUCUCGCCCUUCAACUCCCCCGACGUGAUCCGAACCACUCGCGCCUCCAUGACGCUCUACACGGUACAGCUCGGCCUCAACCUCGCCUGGAUGCCUCUCUUCUUCGUCGCCAAGCGGCCCGUCGAGGCCACCGCCGACAUCCUCGCUCUCGCCGGCCUCAACGGCUACAUCGCCUACCUGUGGUGGCCUGUCGACCAGGUCGCCGCCCUGUGCCAGGUGCCGUACCUCGCCUGGCUCGGCUUCGCCACGUACCUGUGCGCCGGUGCCGGCUACCUGAACAACUGGGACCUGUCGGACAAGGAGCCGGAGAAGGAGGGCAAGACGGAGUAG